CCGGUAAAAAGCUUGGCGGAGAGACUCGAGGCUGCGAAUGCCACGAAAAGCUCAGUCGCUCGCGGACUGCGCUCCGGUGCACCUCGUUCCUCGCGCGGGUCCGCUUCCCGCUCCGAUAUGCCCUUGUCUGUUACGCUCGUUCGCGACGUUUCCUAUAUUUCGCGCCCCCGUUUCCGUUUAUCAUUGAAGAUGCGUGGAUGGGGCGGCCAGUGAUCGUUAUGGAGAUUGGGCAGCGAUUAUCUGGAAAUCUGCCCCGCUCGGCCAUGCUCGCGAUCGUUUCGUUCACGAUGUUGGCGGUCAUCGCUGUCGCCAAUCCUUUCCUCGACGCUGCGCAAGAGAUGUCCUGCUGCUCCUUGGCCGCCGGAUCUUGUCGCAACGACUGCUCCAAGAUCUCACUGGUAGCAUUGGGGGCAGAAGCAGAGGCAAGGGAGAACGCGACACAGCGCUUGCUAGAGUUAUGUUCCCUCGAGCUGACAGAAUUCUGGGGUUGCGUGAACUCGACGUUAAAUGAGGUGAAAAGACACGAGAAUUGGACAGGGAGGCGAUGCUGUUACCUGGUGCAGAAUCCGAUAUGUCGAUCCACGUGCGCUCUGUCAGGAUCGAGGCGAAAUCUGAACGAAUCUUGUCGACCAAGCGACGAACCCGAGUUCUUUUCCUGUCUGGAAAGGCGGGAGGAAGCUGAACAUUGUUGCGGCAAAGUGUCCAAUGAUACGUGCAGAACCGUAUGCCAAAAUCUGUUUUACAAGCGCGAGAAAAUUUCAAGUCGGAACGGAUGCUUCCACCAAAUGCCAAAGUGUUUGAAAAGCGUGACAGAAGUGAAACAUGCUGAAAAUCCAAAACAACAUUUGCAUUGCUGCAACAAGGCGGACAGUUUAACGUGCAUGGAAACGUGUAAAAAGAUCCUGUACACGGCAACAACCGAUCGAGAGAUCUUGAACGCGUUAACGGAAAAAUGCGGACCGCCAAUUUCCCCUCAAUCGCCGUUUUGGAGCUGUCUAAUGAAGUCCGGCUCGCCGAAGCCGGUCCGUCUACCUCUAGAUGCGGGCAAAUUGUCAUGCUGUACCAAAGCAAUCAAGCCAAAGUGCCAGGAUCUGUGUUGGAGGGCGUUCAAAGCAGACUGGGAAUCCUCUUGGCAUCCUCUCGACGCCGAAUGCUUGUCCUCGAGCCAGGAAGGAGAGCUGAGGCGGUGCCUCGAGGAUACGGACGAUCCUUGCGAAAUGGGCUGCGCAGGAUUGUCCUACUGCACGCGAUUCAACGACAGGUCGACGACACUCUUUAGGAGUUGUUCGGCCACGACCGACGAAGCGGCUAAAUUCGAAGCUCACCACUGGUCCAGAGGCGGAAUCAUCCGAGGAUUGAGCCUGCCGAUUCGAGUGGCCGCGACCUGCCCACCGGAAACUCUCCGCGCGGCCGCUUGCCUGCUGCAACUGAGACCGUGCGAAACGAAGAGUCACGAGACGAGACUUUGUCGGGAGGAUUGUCUAGAGUUGAUGGCAAGUUGCGUGGAUUGGUCCGCUAUCACCGGCCCCCACACGGCGGCCACGUUGUGCGCCAAGCUCUCGCCUGCCAAGUCCGACGCGCCUUGCGUGUCCCUGAAACCGUUUCUGGAGGAUCCGCAGGACAACGAGUCCGUGGUGCGUCUCGAGGAGGACAUUACGACCCCUUGCAAGAUUAAUCCCUGCGCCCAAGGCGAAAUCUGUCAGCUCCUCCACUACGGGCGCCAAGCGUACCGUUGCGUCCCAGCCUGCUUCCUCGGGAAAAUGUCCAAGCAAUUGGUGCCCGUAGGCUCCUGGGUACAAAUUCCGAGUUUCAACCAGGGCUCCCAUCAAAUCUGCCAGUGCACCUCGUACGGUUUAGACAAGUGUAAGAUGUUGAAUUACGUUAAAUUCAAUCCGUGCUCGAUACACAAUCAGAUCAUCGCCCACAAAGCCAAUUUUUACGUCGAGUGCAAUCCCUGCCACUGUUUCGAGGGCGAGUACACGUGCUCGAAAAAGAAUUGCGGGGAGAUCCCCUCGCUGCCCUGCGACUGCCCGCCUCAUUACGUCCCCGUCUGCGGAAAAUUGGGCUUCACCUUCGCGUCUGGCUGCCUGGCAACUUGCGCGAGAAUGUCCGUGAACGACGUGGAGUUCGGCAGUUGUUCGUCCCGGGAUCCCUGCGCCUCGAGCCCGUGCGACACCACGGAGAAAUGCGUGGCGAGGAGCAGGGUGUGCUUGUCCGAGCUUCACAAACCUUGCCGCCAAUACGAGUGCGUCCCUCUUGACUGCGACCCUCGGGACGAGGCUGGCGGCCCAGUAUGCGACAAAGAAAACCGUCAACACCGAUCAAUGUGCGCGAUGAUACGGGCCGGGGCUACUUUGGGAUACAGGGGGCAUUGUUUGGAAGGGUGUACCUUGCGUGGUCCCGUUUGUGGCGCUAACGGGGAAGUUUACGCAAACGAGUGUGCCGCCUGGGCGGAGAGGACGGUGGUGGAUUACUUUGGCCCUUGUGCGGCUGUUGGGUUGAUAGGCGACCAAGCUAAGCCUCGCUGCGGCGAUUUGGUACAGUGUCCACGAUUGAUCGAGCCGUAUUGCGUCGGAGUGACGCCGCCCGGCGCUUGUUGUCCAGUCUGCGGUGGGGCGGCUAAGCUAUUUUAUUCCAAGAAACAGUUGGAUAGGAUAUACUACGUGAUGAAGGAGGACAUCGAUAAAGACACGGUUACGCUCGAGGUCCUGUUGUCAGCCUUGGCGCGACAGAUUCAAGUGGCACAAUGCGUUCUUCGUGGCAUGAUGACACCGGAUCGUGACAUAUUCAUCGUUGUACAACCUACAUCGAGAAAGCCUUCGACUCUGCAAUUAAGGGCUUGUGUGACCGAGACUGAAAAACUAGUUACUAGAAUUUUAGAAAGGAGCCCUAAAAUCACGGUGGAAGUACCCUUAAGCGCGCUCAUCAGAGCGGAAAUUGCUCAUAGUUACAUAUCAAGUGCCAUGACCAUUGGAGGAUAUGUUACGCAAAUUUUUCUUGCAAUUUUUCUCUACCUUUACGUAAUUUUUUAGCAAUCGAGUCAGAGAUGUGAACAGGAAUAACGAGGAUAUCACCGAUCGCGAUAAACAGAUGAUUUAAUUACCGCGAUCAGCGAUAAUCUUGAUUUCGCAUUUCUCAAAGUGUGUUGAAGCAUUUCUUUUUUUUUUUUUUUAACCUAAUGACUUUACCGCUCGCGGUAUCGUCGAGUUUCAUGACUGUGAUUCUUCUAGUGCCUAACGUAAUAUAACGGAAAAGUAGAGUGUAUUUUCGUCUCUUAAUAUUUGCCAAAGAAAAGGGGAGUACGUGGAACAUGUACAAAGGCACAUGAAUUACCCAAAUUACGAGAAAAAAAAAAAAACAAAUUGGUAGUUGAAGGGUGAUUGAUGUUGCUCGUUGUAAGCUGUAAAUAAAGUUAAAAAAGUCCUAACUUAAGUUACCAAACAAAGUGUCUCAUGAUUGUUACAUUAUACAUAUAUUCUCUGCAGAUACAAUAAUCUAUUAAAAAAAAAAUAUAUAUAUAUAUAUACAUAUAUAUAUAUAUAUGUAUUUAUAUAUAUAUAUCUAUCGCGUCAAGCGUUCCAAAUUUUGUGUCAUAUCGUGCGUUUGAUAGUCAGAAUCUCUUAAUUGUAGUAAGUCGAAAUAAAUUUGGAUCGCUUGCAGAUACUUUGAUAGCUGAAUCGAUACUCCCAUAAUUGUUAAGCAAAUUUCGCACGUUAUUGUAUUGUUAAAUACAAAGUGUUUUAUAUAAACAUUUGUAAGUUUAAUAAAUUUCUAAUAUUUUA